ACGAAAACAACAUAACACAGUUCACCAAUCAAAACAACACAAGACAAUUUCUUUAAACUAAAAAUCAAAAUGAAAUUUAUGAUUUUAUUAACCAUUGUGGUAGUAAUUUUAGUAGCUGGUACCACGGCCCAACGUCGUAGAUGUCCUCAAAGAGCACGUCCUGCCAGAUGUGUGGGUCCUCGUGAUGUUGGCUCAAGAUGUCCUGCUGCCCCACCCCGCACAAUGUGGUAUUAUAAUCAAGCAACACGUACUUGCAUCCAAAUGAAUCAUUUGGGUUGUGGUGGCAAUGCAAAUCGUUGGUGUUCUAGGGCCAGCUGUGAACGCAGAUGUGUACGUACAACUGGUUAGGAAAAUGUGUUUAACGAAAUCUUUUUUUAUUUCUAUAACUUAGAAGAAAGUAAUAAUAAAUAUCCUAUACAAUUAUUGGCAAAUAUAAU